UAUUAAUGAAGGCUUGAAUAUAAAUACCAACGUGUUUGGUCCAUUCGUUAAUAUGUAAGAAUAUAUAAGUUCAUAUACAGAGAGACCGUUAAUUUCGGUAAUUAAUGACAUUUCUCUACUUCCUAUGUUUUUUUUUUUUGUUAUGAUAAUCCAGUUUCAAUAAAAAAAUAUCUAGCUUCCGUACUCACCUCUUCUCUAUUAGGUAUGUGAUUUUGGUUUAUAUACAUAUGGUAAAUGUACUGUCUGUGCACUAUGUAACGCGUCUAAAAAAAGAUACGAAAAAGAACUAGAAUAUGGAAAUAAAGAAAAGAUACAAGAAAUAGAAGUAAAUAUAAAAAAAUCACGAUAAAACAUGAAAAAAACACACACAUGGCGUCACAUCACGCGGGUAUGUGACCACGCGUUCCCGUAAAGACCAAUGGGAACGCGGUAUCUGCGGGUCGGCCGAUUCAAGCACCCUGAUUGGUGGCGAAAGAGCUGCAUAUUUUAGCCGCGAAAGCAUCGAGUCUCAGUAGUUCAGCAUCGCUUGCAGAGAAUCAACGUGACAGUGUGAUUUCACUCUGGAAGCUGGGACAAUUUUGAUUUCCUUGUGGACAUUGUUCAAAUUAUAAGCAUGGCACCAACACACGAAUCGCCAUGGAAGGGUGGGCUUGCCUGGCACACACCCACCUACGAAGACGAGCCCUGGAAAGCAGUCACCCAACGUGACUGCAACCAGAAUGACUAUUUUCGAGCGCUAGAAAAUAGAGAAGCUGGGAGUGAGACGGUGUUACAUGGUAGCUACGGCAUGAUGGUGUAUAAUAAUAACAGUGUAAAGACAAUGGUAUGUAACCCAUGUGGAGAGACCACUUCAGAAGAGGAGAGUACAGGACAUCUCCUUUUCGGUGACGCUGAGUGUUCAGAAUGCAGAUUGCAGCUGAAGACAUGUCAAGGUAACCGCGAGAGGAAAGAUGAUAUAUGUAGUUCUAUCCAAGGCAGUAAACAUACCUUCCAGUUUCGUAAAGCAGUUGACAGUUGCGAUGAAAAAACAUCACCCAACAUCAAUACCAACAAGCCGCAUAACCUAUCCUCAGUUUUGGAAAAGCUGUCACCUCACAUCAACAAUGUAGAUUCCCUUCAUAAUACAGUUUCCUGGAUAGCAGAAAUAAAGGAUGAAAGCGACUGUGAUGAUACUGGCACUGAUUCGGAUGAGAUUUACGUGGAUUAUGCUGCGAUUAAUCAAGAAUCCAGUGUUGGACCAUUAGUAGCCAAGGAUGGAGUUGGACGUUCCAUUUUGAAAGAUCAAGAAGAGGGAGAUGACUUUGGUGAUGUUCUCCUCCUAGAAUCCUACAGCCUAGAUCAUGUAGAAGAAAUGGUUGAGUAUCAUAUAGCCAAGAAUGACUCAACGGACUGUAUAAUCCUUGAAGAAGUGAAAUGUACAAAAGGCGGAGAUGCAAAACUCAAUCGAAGUUUCUGUCUAUCCGAGACGCCAGAUGAACUGAAGAGAGAACCGAAAAUAGAAAACGGGGGAUUUCCUGAGUACUGGAAAAAACCUAUUGAUGGAUACAACAAUGACUCGAAGAAAUGCAUCAAAUUCGAAGAGAAACCAAGUCCGAAUGUUAGUCUCUUCGACUUCUCUGCAGAAGUAAAGAGUGAACCGAAGGAAGAAGCAAUUUACCCGCAUUUCUUGAAAACCCCCAGCGAUGGCUAUUACUACAUGGGUCAUGAGGCUAUAGAAGAGUGCCCCAUGUGCUAUGCUGCACUGUGCCCUUCCAGAUUCACAGUCAAUGCCAGGACCUUCGUUUUAAGCACGGUCUGCAUCGACUGUAAUCUGCCCAUCUAUUUGAUGAUCGAUCCCUACAACUUGUAUCAGGAGGCCACUUGAUGUUUUCUGUAACAAGUCGUACUCUCAGAAUUGCAUUGUACUGUGUUGUAUGUGAUAUAAUUUCAAGUAUCUUAAUUUUCCUUCUACCUGUAUUGAUUGUACAAAAUAAAAAGGCUAUUUGAAAUACUUAUUUCAUUUGUGGAAAUCUAUCCAAAUCUUUUUAUAAAGGAAAGUUGUAAUGAAUUUAAACGCGUUCACAUAUGAAACACCCAGUGAUAAUA